AUGUCGGACGCGGAUCAGGGUUGGAAACCUAACGGUCGUCCUCAGUCGACCAUGGCACAGGCUUUCUCCAGUACGCUAGAUAGUCUCUUCGCGUUGGACUCGGAUGUCCACAACCUUGAGCAGACUGUUGAUGAGAGGAAAUUUCAAAUGAUGAUUCAAAACCGAGAACUGGAAGAACUUCAGGCGAAAAUUCGCGCGACCGAAGAACGCUUGAAAGCACGAAAAUCCGUGAUCUUGGAUGGAAGCGGCCCCAGGAGCAAUGGAGCGCAGAGCGACGGCGGAUAUCAGUCGACAGAAUCCGCGUCAUCGGCGACAUCUCCAACGGACACGACAGGCCACUACUCCAGCGGGGAUGAACAGCGGCAGCACGGUCAGACACGCAAUUCAUGA